UGCCUGAGCGGGAAGAUGCUUCCCCUGUCCUUGCUGAAGACGGCACAGAACCACCCCAUGUUGGUGGAGCUGAAAAAUGGAGAGACUUACAAUGGUCACCUGGUGAGUUGUGACAACUGGAUGAACAUCAACCUUCGAGAAGUCAUCUGCACCUCCAGGGACGGAGACAAGUUCUGGAGGAUGCCUGAGUGUUACAUCCGUGGUAGCACCAUCAAGUACUUGCGCAUCCCAGAUGAGAUAAUCGACAUGGUGAAAGAGGAAGUGGUAUCAAAGGGCCGGGGCCGGGGCGGAAUGCAGCAGCAGAAGCAGCAGAAGGGGCGCGGGAUCGGCAGCGCAGGGCGAGGGGUGUUCGGUGGCCGUGGCCGAGGCGGGAUACCUGGCAGUGGCCGAGGACAGCAGGAGAAGAAGCCGGGGAGGCAGCCGGCGAAACAGUGA